AGCCCGAAAAUCCGGGAAGCGGAGAAGAGACCCAUCGCCGUGGGCCGGAGGAGAAAAAAAAUAUAGACCGUUGGAUACGAAAUGGACGGCCCAAGCGAGACCCAAGGUAUACGCAGCACAGAAGAAAAUCAAACGAAUCAGCACGAAAACCCUCCUCCGCCCAACCUCCUUCCUUCUUCCCAGCCUCUCUCUCCCGCCGCCGCCGGUGGAGGAGGCGGCGCCUCGUCCUCGGCGACCAUGGCUCGCAUCGUGUCGCGCGCCCUCCCGUUCGCGUUGCGCUCGCCCCAGCCCGGCGCAGCGCUGCUGCGUUCGGAGGCGGCGCGCUGUCCACCCCUCGCCGCCGCCGCGGCGGCGGCGGCACCCGCCGCCUCGAUGCUCUCCUGGCGCGGGCUCACGCCCACCCCGGAUCCCUCGCGCUCGUCGCAGCCGCCGCCGCUGCCGCUGCCGCCCUUCGCGGGGUUCCUCGCGGGCAUCCGAGGCUUCCGGAGGGGUAGGCGCGGCCAGUCGGCGGCGAGGCGUGCGCAGCCGCAGGACCCCAUCCCUGCAGCUCCGCCCCCGCCGAAGGAGAGUGAGAUCGAGCUCUACGCCCGAGUCAGCAUCGACGAUGACAUGCCCGAUGACCCCGAAGUGCUGAACAUUGUGGAAAUUCUAAAACUAAAUGUUCCGAUGGCGAUGAAAAUUGCGCUUGAUGGGCUUCUGGAUUCCAACUAUAAAUCUCGAGACACUUCAAUAAGUGAUGUUGGGAGGUAUGAUAAGGUUGAAGUGUCUGUGGUGCUAUGCAAUGACAACUUCAUCCAGAACCUUAACAAAGAAUGGAGAGGCGAAGAUAGCUGUAUUGAAAUGCUCUCGAUGUCACAAUACAUUCCUGAUCUUGAUGUUCCUACUUUAAUGUUAGGUGAUAUAGUAAUCUCAGUUGAGACAGCUGCAAGGCACGCUGAGGAGCGAGGUCAUACACUUCUUGAUGAAGUGCGGAUACAAGCGGUUCGUGGAAUUCUACGUCUUCUGGGUUUUGAUCAUCAAACAAGCGAUGAGUCUGCAGUGGAAAUGGAGAAGGAGGAGCAGCUCAUUUUGAAGAGUCUAAGGUGGAAAGGGAAAAAUCUUGCUAAGAGUGUUCUUGAUUCAGGCAAAAGCCAGACAGAAACAUUGGAUGAGCAAGUGACAAGUGGCCUAAAGAGAGCUGGAAGCCUAAGAUUUUAUAGACCAAAGUUCAAAUAUAUCUUCUGCGAUAUGGAUGGUACACUACUCAACAGUAAAAGUCAAGUUACAGCAAGGAAUGCAGAAGCUCUGAGGGAAGCAAGGUCAAGAGGAGUAAACAUAGUUAUUGCCACAGGAAAGGCACGACCAGCUGCCAUUGAUGCUCUCAGUAUGGUUGACUUAUCUGGAAGAACUGGCAUUGUCUCAGCAUCGUCUCCUGGCAUAUUUCUUCAGGGCCUCUUGGUUUAUGGUUUGCAAGGAAGAGAGAUUUAUAAAAGAAAUUUAGAUCAAGAAGUAUGCAGAGAAGCAUUAUUAUAUUCUUUGGAGCACAAGGUACCAUUAGUAGCAUUUAGCCAGGAUCGAUGCUUCUCUAUGUAUGAUGAUCCUUUGGUUGAUUCUCUCCAUUAUGUGUAUCAUGAACCUAAGGCUGAAAUAGUUCGGUCUAUUGAUCAGCUUUUAGGAACAGCUGAGAUACAGAAAGUGCUCUUCCUUGAAACUCCUGAGGGAAUUUCUUCUUCAUUGAGGCCAUUCUGGGAAAAGGCAAUAGAAGGAAGGGCCCGUGUGGUUCAAGCACAGCCUGAUAUGCUUGAACUUGUACCUCCUGCAACUUCAAAGGGCGAUGGGGUGAAGAUUCUUUUGGACCACCUUUGCAUUAGUCCAGAUGAGGUAAUGGCUAUUGGGGAUGGAGAAAAUGACAUAGAAAUGCUACAGCUAGCAUCAUUGGGUGUUGCGCUUGCAAAUGGGUCUGAGAGGACGAAAGCAGUGGCAAAUAUAAUUGGUGCCACUAAUGAUGAAGAUGGAGUCGCACAGGCUAUUUACGACUAUGCUUUCUAACAGCUGCUAACUCUAAGGAGUAAUGGGGUGGGAUAGGAUUAUCUACUCUUCGGUUCUCCCCAGUGCCCUGGAUUCACCGUAUAACAAAAAUUAAUCACACAUCCAUCCACAAGAUAAUGCUGGGAUGUGAUCUGAAACCCCUGUUGGAGUGAAAAACAUUUGAAUUAUUAGGCUUUGGUUUAUUUUUGGCUUUGCGAAAGUUCAUGACCAGCCAUGCACCUGUGUGUUUGGAAUAUUUAUAUAAUUGUAUUCAUUUUCUUUUCAUCUUUGAUGACCAAGGAUUGCCUUUACGUUUC